CAUCCACCCUGAAGUCCUCACACCCCGACAAAAGGGGACAGGACAAACUGGACUAGGCAAUGAGGAGUGUUGGUCACAGAAUCAUCUCAUUUCUGCUCUGCUCUCUUAACAUUUAAAGGAUCUGAUCAGGCUGCUGUGUGAGUGCAGCAGAUACCGAGAAGACAGUGAGGAGACCUGGAACCAAAUUGAUGUCGUAGCGCAUUUUAUCAAAGAACUAGAAGAAUCCGCAUCACUCAGAGCCACAGCUACACGCGGACAGAACCAGGGGGUGGACAAUUUGACACUGUAGAGAUGUCUGAGGCGUUGUCACAGCAGGAGAGGCUCCAGGCUAUAGCAGAGAAGAGAAAGAGACAAACAGAAAUAGAAAACAAAAGAAGGCAACUGGAGGAUGACCGCAGACAGCUGCAGCACCUCAAGUCAAAAGCAUUGAGAGAGAGAUGGCUGCUAGAUGGAGCUCCCUCUGCUGGCUCGGAAGAAGACGAAGCAAAAAAACAGCUUCAAGAAGAUGAGGCCAAAACUAAAGGACUUGAGGAGGCUAUUCUGAGUCUGGAACAGGAACUGGAGGAGUUGGAGAAGGGUGUGUCUGCAACCUCCACCAAAGAAAACCUGUCUGAUGCAGACCAGCAAGAGGAAACCAAGCCUGAUGAGAACAUGGUCACAGGAGACUCUGUUAAAGAGGUCAGAGAGAUCAAAGUUCACGUCAGCCCUCGACUGGAGAAAUCCAGGGGUGACUCUGACAUGAUGAGAGCAGCGAUGUACUCCGUAGAGAUCACAGUUGAGAAGGACCUGGUCACAGGCGAGACCAAAGUCUUGUCCACCAACACACUACUGCCCAAAGAUCUCUCUCACCAGGGAGUCAAAGUGUAUGAGGAUAAACAGAAAGUGGUGCACGAGGUGCGUGGGACAGACGGCCCACUGAUCAAUGGCGUGCACCAGCUCAGCUCGUCCGAAGUGGAGGAGCUCAUCCACAAGGCCGACGAGGCCUCAAUGAGCGACAGUAGCAAAGCCACACCCCAACGCAUGGUGGAGGCAGGUGAGAAGCUCGAGGCAGGAAUGGAGCAGGUCAGGGUCACUCCAGUCAAAGAGAUCACUGGCGUAGAAGCCAAACCAUCGCCAGCCAUGACCCAGACUGAGGUAAACGAUGCUAGUGUGGACAAGCCAGUCACAAUGGUGUUCAUGGGUUACCAGGACGUAGAGGAUGAGGACGAGACAAAGAAGGUGCUCGGGCUCGAGAGCACCACAGUCAAGGCUGAGCUGGUAGUCAUUGAGGAUGGAGAAAACAAGAACGAAACGAAGGAGGAGCAGGCACCAACAAACGGAGGUCCAGCUGAGCCGGCAAAAGCCCAGGAAGAGAAAGGCGAAGAGGGUGAACCCGAAGCUGGAGCUGCUGAUAUUAAAAGCAAAGAAAAGCAGCCUUGCAAAUGCUGUUCUAUCAUGUGAAACACUCCUUCACUAGGAAACUUGUAACAUUUCUUUCUCAGAUCGGUGCAUCAUGUCACCUCACAGACAAAAUAAUACCAACAAAAAAGAGAGGAGAGAAAACGUCUUGUAUCUUUUGAUAGAAAGCUAUUGUUUUCUUACUUCAUUUGUACCAGUUUUAUAAUUUACUUUAUUUUUCCAUUUUUUGUUGUUCCUGUCAUAUUCUUUAGCCUCCUCUGCUUUGGUUUAGUGCAACUAAGACAAAAGCUGUUACACGAGUGGGACCUGAUACCUUCAGCAAAGAGGUUAGCAGCUUACGCAUCAUUAUUAUUGGCAUAAUAUACACAAACUCUUUUUUUGUUUUUCACUUUUCUUAUUUGCAUAAGAAGGACUCAGAUAUCUCUGUAACUAUAUAAUAUACAGUAUAUGAAUCAUUUAUUUUUAAUAUAUAUUUAUUUUCUGUUCCUUUAUGAAGCACCCUAGCAUUGUUUCUUGCAGAAGCAUGGUGUGUGAAUGCUCUCUGGUCUUAUUAUUGCAUUACCUUUCUCCUAAAAAUGGGAAAUGGGGUGGGGUCAAGAGUGAGAUGGACCACAGGGGUAGUGCGAAGGCUGAUCACCUCAAACAUUUGUGUAAUUCCUUAUGACUGAUCCAUGCUAUAGAAUGAUGGCUGAAGGUUACUCUUGGGAUAGUGAGUGUAACAGGAUUUCACUGGUAGGGAUGGUUAGUGGCCGGUUGACUUGAUGUGUGUGUGUACGUGUGUGUGUCUGUUGUUCGAACACUCAACCGCUUUCGUAUUUCGUCAUGCAUUGCCAUGCAUUAGAGACCCUUACAUUUAUCACAUUUACUAGUACAAGAUGUUUUAUUGUGUACUAAUAGCAUUCAUUACCACACGCACACACACGUAGUCAUGUCUGAUAUUUUAUCUCAGUAGAAUCAAUUCAACAUACCUGUAUUACCCUUAUUAAAGAAUUCACCAAGGUAUAACAAAUAAAAACACACACACAAAACCAUUAAGUACAUUUUUCAACAUCUACAGUAUUUUCCUCAGUUAGCCUCCACUGCAAUUUAAAAUCAAAUUUAAUUUAGCCUCUUUAGGUUAGAUGGCUGAUAAAGGCACUACCUUUUUUAUCAUUAGUUUGAAUGUUUAAACCAAGUUAACAGCUGCCUAUGAAGCAAACCGGCUUUGCUGCCAGUCCAAAUUGGCAUCAUAAACAUGGCAAAAUACACUGCCUUCAAUCUCCUCUCAGGCAGAAAAAUCCACUUUGUUUAAAUUCACAACUAAUUUGCUGGAGCCAAACCUAUGCAAGAACACUCACAUUCACAAGUCAGGACCAACAAAGUCAGUAUACUCAGCGUCGAUUCUGAUAUGUGUCAUAGUAAAGAAAGAAAAGGUGGUGGUGAUUCAGAUCUCUGGCCCCACUUAUGAAUUUAGUGUCUCAUCUCAUUAUCCUUUGUUAUAAGGGAAAAUGUCUACUGACUGCUUUUCCAAAAGAAGUUUUUUUUAUUAUGUUUUUAAAAGUGGUGCCGUGACCCUUUAAACAGGAUAGCUAUUUAUGUCAGAUUUGUCACUGAAUGGUGUUCAAGAAAUCUGGUUUGUUCUCUGAGAACUGAUUAAAGAUAAAGAUUCUUGUGGUGCUAAAUAAUCCGAACGAUCACACAGCAAAUUUCUCUGUUUUAGGAAACAGCACGGCUAGCCCUCAUAACAUUCGCUUAAAGUGCCAUUGGUAUUAAUAUUCAUUACCUUAUUAUUGUUUUUAAAUUUUGUGUGUUGAUGGAUUAUUUCUAUUGCUUAAUUUUUGCAUUGUUUCAUUCGUUUAUUAUUUGUAACAUAAUAGUGAGUUACAUUAUCAGAUAACUUUGAUGUAGGUAGGAGUAUAACGCUGCAUUGGGCUUUUUCAGUGGCGCUACUAUGAUAGUCGGGAGGUAAACUGGUGGCUCAAUAGUGCGUAAGUGCAUUUGUAAGAGUGUGUGUAUGUGUGUGUUCUCCUUUCAGUAUAAUAGCAUUGGCAGUACUUUAUUUUUUCUUCUGGGAAGAUUUUCAUUUGGUGCCUUGUGGCUACACAAUUCUCGUUUAGAAAGGCUCACUGAGAUUCAUAUAAGGUAGUUAAUAUGAAUCUAACCCUAACCCCUAACCCUAACCCUAACAAUGGGACAUAUUUCAUUACCAUAUUUACACUAUUUUAUUUUGGAAAGAGUAAGAUGUCUUAUUAGUCUGUGUCUCAGAAUACAGCUCUUAUAUGGCUAUACAAAACUGUAAGACAAUAUCCUUAACCAUAACAAUUAACCUUAACCUACAGUUAAUCUGGGCUUCUUCUCCCAUCACCCUUACUCACACAUGGCACUCACAGCACCAUCAUUUACCUCAGACUUGCUCAGCAGCGCACUCUACUGUCUGUCAGUACUAACAUUCCAGUUCAGAUGAUUUUCCUUGGCCCUGAAUGCCUUGUUGCGCGGCCCCUUGCUGGGGCGUUUUCUCUUUGUACACAUGCAUGCUUUUUAUAGAUAUAUUGAUCAUUAUAUCUUCAUAUCUGUAUCCAUCAGUCGGUAAUGUCUCCCUCUCCCUGUAGUUGAAGUCUUGCCCUAUAUCAUCCAUAAUGUCCAUGCGAUUGAUGUAUUGAACAUAGUGUCUAGGAGCAUGAGGAGUGAAAGUGUGAUAGUGUAGAUGAGGUCAUUUCCUGCACUGGAGCAACACCCAUCUACUUUAAUGCUCCAUUUUCUUCCUUGAAGGACAGACCCAUCUUAGGUUUUGUUUUGUUUUGUUUUGUUUUCCCCACCUGGGAAUUGGUGUGUGUGCUCCCACUGCCACGGCUCUGUGUGCUUUCUCAGCUGUGAAGGUCUGCUUUCUUACCGACUUGAAAGUGCUGUAGAAUGAAUUUUAAUUGAAAUAUUAAAAUGUGACGUGCUUUAAGGAUA